AUGGACACCAGCAUGAGCAUCAAAAUCGGUAUCAACGGCUACGGACGCAUCGGACGCCUCGUUCACCGCAUCGCAUCCAACACCCCAGGAAUCGAGGUCGUCGCGAUCAACGACCUCGUCCCGGCGGACAACCUCGCGUACCUCCUCAAGUACGACACGAUGCACGGGCGAUUCCUGAUCGACCACAAACCCGCUGAGGUCUCGGGAACCGAGAACACCAUCACCGUCAACGGCACGGUCGUCAAGACCACCGCGGAGCGCGAUCCAACCAACCUCCAGUGGGGUGACAUGGGUGUGGACUACGUCCUCGAGUCAACUGGACUCUUCACCCAGCGCGACGAUGCUCAGAAGCACAUCGACAACAACGGCUGCAAGCGCGUCAUGAUCUCCGCGCCGACCAAGACUCCAGACACCGUCCCGACCUUCGUCCACAAGGUCAACUGCGGGAAGUACAACCCCGAUACCGACACGAUCAUCUCCAACGCGAGCUGCACCACCAACUGUCUCGCGCCGAUCACCAAGGUGAUCCUGGACACCUUUGGUCUCGAAGAGGGUCUCAUGACCACGGUGCACGCCGCGACCGCGACGCAGCCGACUCAGGACGGCCCAUCCAAGAAGGACUGGCGCGGCGGACGCAACGCGUACAUGAACAUCAUCCCGGCGAGCACCGGAGCUGCCAAAGCGGUCGGCCUCUGCCUCCCAGCAACGGUUGGCAAGCUGACCGGCAUGUCGUUCCGCGUCCCAACCGCGGAUGUCUCUGCGGUGGACCUGACCUUCCGCACCGAAAAAUCCACCUCGCUCGCGGAGAUCAACGCGGCGAUGAAGGAAGCAUCCGAAGGCAAGAUGGCUGGCGUGCUCGGAUACACCGAGGAGCAGGUCGCCUCGAGCGAUUUCGUCGGCGAUCCUCGCUCGUCGAUCUUCGACGCCGGCGCUGGUAUCGAGCUCAACAGCAACUUCUUCAAGGUCAUCUCGUGGUACGACAACGAGGCGGGCUACGCGAACCGUUGCGUGGAUAUGUUCCGCAUGAUGGGUGAGAAGGACGGGAUGUUCGGGAUCAUCCCGCGCGUGGUCUGGACACGCACGCUUGAGCCGGAUGACAAGAACCGGAUCGAGCUGAUGCACAACUGCGUGCUCCUCGAAACCGAAGAGGUCGAUCCGGAGACCGGAAAGCCCCACCGCUACCUCAUCGAAGCGGGGACAGGCGACAAGCUCGACGAGAAGAUGUCCAGCAUCUUCGGACUCGACGGGCGCACGGUUGAGUCUGAGGUCCAGGGCGUUGGAGUCGAUCCAGCAGACAUCGAAGCGACGAUCGUCUCGCACCUGCACUUUGAUCAUGCCGGGGGUCUGACACGCCGAGCUCGCGAUGGUGAGGAAGCGGACUGGGUCGCGACCAAAGAGGGCGCGGCGUCUGGAGAUUGCAACGAGGUCAUGUUCACCUUCCCCAACGCGGAGCUGAUUGUCCAGCGCCGCGAGUGGGUCGAUGCUCGCAACAACGAUGCAGUGAUGACGCGGACGUACUACCGCGACCACAUCCUGCCGUUUGAGGACGAGCGCAUGCCGCUUGAUGGCGGGCGUGCUCGCUUGCGUCUCAUUGAUUCUCCUCGUCCGUUCCCGCUCAAUCGCAAGCCCUCGAAGGGCGAGAUGCCCAAAUCGACCGCGGCUGAGCGUAUGACGGAGGUGCUCCCUGGGAUCAAGGUGUUCCUCGUUCCGGGACACACCUGGGGUCAGCAGGCGGUGCAGUUCGAGGACACUGAGGGGCGGACGAUCGUGUUCACUCCCGAUGUGAUGCCUACGCAUUACCACUUGGGACAGGCGUACUCACUCUCGUACGAUGUGGAGCCGUAUACCUCGAUGAUCACCAAGCACUGGUUCCUGAGCGAAGCCGCGGAGCACGGCUGGACGCUGCUGCUCGACCACGAGCCGGGGAAUCCGCUCUAUACGGUCAAGAACACGGAUUCUGGGUGGUUCGAGCUUGUCAAUGCGUGA